UUUAGUGGUAGAGUUCACGGAAGAGCCCUGAGCACUCUCCUGAGGACAAGAACCAUCCAGGGUCAUGAAGGGACCGAGGUGACUCAGCACCAUGCACGGCAGUAUAGUAUGUCUACAGAGUUAAAGCAAGAGUUGAAUUCCAUAAGUCAAAAAUCAACCCCUUUCAGAGACCCAACUCUCUAAGUUACAUUGAGAAGAAAAGUGGAAAAAAGGCCACCUGCCUCUGCUGGCCAUCCUACCAACUGCUGGCAGUCCUACCAACUGCUAGGUGUCCUACCAACUGCUAGGCGUCCUACCAACUGCUGGCCAAACAUCCACCCCAGACGGCUGGUUCCUGCCACGCUACUGCACAGAAGCCAGUGCAGGAGAUGUGACAACUGCCCAUGCAGGCUUCAGUGCUCCUGUCGGGAUGGCAGAGAUGAGAGGGCUGCUCUUGGUGCUGCUGUACGUGUCCCACUCUUCCGCCAGUUGUGGCAUCCAGAAAACCUCGCUGGUGGAUGAAUCCGAGGAGAACCUGGUCAGCGCCAUGGAGUUCCCCUGGGUGGUGUCUGUGCAGGACUCGCAGUACACACACCUGGCCUUCGGCUGCAUCCUCAGCCAAUUCUGGAUCCUCAGCAUCGCGUCGGCCCUGCAGCUCAGGAAGGAGGCCAUCGUUGUGGUUGGUAUAGCUAACAUGGAUCCAAGAAAGAAUUCUUACAUAGAGUACCCGGUCAGCACCAUCAUCAUCCAUGAGGAAUUUGACAACUACUCCAUGAACAAUAACAUAGCCCUCCUGAAGACAGACUCAGCGAUGCACUUCGAUGAUCUGGUCCAGUCCAUCUGCUUCCUGGAGAAGGAUCGGCCUGUGCUCCCAGCCUUGAAGAAUUGCUGGGUGUCAGGAUGGAAUCCCACAUCUGCAACAGGAAAUCACAUGACAAUGAGUAUCCUGAGGAGAAUCUUCGUGAAAGACCUUGACUUGUGUCCCCUACACAAACUCCAGAAAACGGGCUGUGGCAGUCACAAAGAGCAGGAAACUGACACUGUCUGCUUGGGGGAGCCAGGAAGCCCCAUGAUGUGCCAGCUGCAGGGUUUGGAUCUGUGGGUCCUGAGAGGACUCCUGACCCACGGUGGUGAGAAAUGCCCUGGCUUCUAUCUGUAUACCAAGGUGGAAGACUACAGCGAUUGGAUCACAUCCCAGGCCAGCAUGGCUGGCCCUCCCCUGUCUUCACUCCACCUCUGGGAAAAGUUGAUCCAUUUCUCUCACCAUAGGUUUCCUGCAGUCGUGACGCAGGCUACAUAUUCUCAACAGGGCCAUGUAGGAUGGUCCCAAUCCUACCCCCAAGGACAAAGAAAGCCCAGUGUACAUUUACAACAAGUAAACAGCUCUAGCUCUAGACAUGGUCCAGACCAUAGGGUAAAGGGCCUACAGCAAGCAGACAGUUCUGCCGAGAUGGCUCUUCACCCCAUGUACUAUGACUACUACGGUGGGCAUGCUGGGAAGAUGUCUUUUGCAGGCCAGGACACAGUGCAGCCUCAAGAAAUCUUGGUUCUUUUCAUGCUUGUUUUCUUCAGCAGCAGUGUGUAGAUCUAGGAAGGAACCCA